AGGCGCCCCGUUCCGCGGCUCCUCCGUGUCCUGCAAACGCUCGGCGGGCGCUUUCCUGCGAGCAGCGCGCUCCGGGGCAAGCGCCCAUUUGCAGCAGCAGCCCGAGGGGGCGGGGAGGGAGGGGGCCGUGGCCCACCGGCCAGGGGGGCGGCUUCUCCCCUCAAAACCGCCGCCAAAGUGCUCCAGCCGGCAGAGGCGCGGGAGAAGCGAGCGGGCGAGCAAGCGAGAGAAAGAGAGAGAGACCGCCGCUGCCGCCGCCGCCGCCGCCGCCGCCGCUUCCAGGGCAGGAGCAGCUCCCAGCCCGGCCCGAGGCACCUCCGGCGGACUCGCCCGGGCCGAGCGCGAGCGGCCGCCCCUCCUCCGGGCCGGGGCAGGGCAGGGCAGGGCAGGGCAGGGCCGUGCUGCCGCAGCACUUGGCCGCCGGGCGGCUCUCCCCUGGGCAGCAGAAGCGGCAGCGGCAGCGGCGGCGGCGGCGGCGGCGCGGGGCUGGGACUCAGGAUGCCCCUGCGGAGCCGGGGCGCUGGGCAGGAGCAGGUCGCCGGGGCGCCCCCGGCUCCGCGCCCUCGGAUUAGCUGCAGCUCACACCCAGGGAUUUGAAGCUGGACCCCGCGUGGGACCGCCCCAUCUCCGGCCUCUGACAGAGCGGCGGCCCCGCGGCCAAGAUGCUCCCGAAAGGUCACUAUGUGAAGUUGUUCCUGGUCCUUUGCGGUCUGGAGCUCCAGGCGGGCGUGGGCUGCCCGGUGGACUGCGUGUGCUACCCCGCGCCCAUGACGGUCAGCUGCCAGGCGCACAACUUCGCCGCCAUCCCCGAGGGCAUCCCCGAGGACAGCGAGCGCAUCUUCCUGCAGAAUAACCAGAUCGGCUUCCUGCUCCCCGGCCACUUCAGCCCCUCCAUGGUCACCCUGUGGAUCUACUCCAACAACAUCACCUUCAUCGACCCCGACACCUUCCGAGGCUUCGUGCACCUGGAGGAGCUGGACCUCGGGGACAACCGGCACCUGCGGACCUUGGCGCCGGAGACCUUCCAGGGCCUGGCCAAGCUGCACGCGCUCUACCUGUACAAGUGCGGCCUGGGCUCCCUGCCCGCCGGCAUCUUCGGCGGCCUCCACAACCUCCAGUAUCUCUACCUGCAGGACAAUCACAUCGAGUUCCUCCAGGACGACACCUUCGUGGACCUGGUCAACCUCAGUCACUUGUUCCUCCACGGCAAUAAGCUCUGGAAGCUCACCCAGAAUACCUUCCGGGGCCUGGUCAACCUGGACCGGCUGCUCCUGCACGAGAACCAGCUGCAGCUGGUGCAGCCGCGGGCCUUCCACGACCUGCAGAGGCUCACCACCCUGUUCCUCUUCAACAACAGCCUCUCCGAACUGCAGGGGGACUGCCUCACCUACCUGGGGGCCCUGGAGUUCCUGCGGCUCAACGGCAACCCCUGGGACUGCGGCUGCCGGGCCCGCUCCCUGUGGGAAUGGCUGCGGAGGUUCCGGGGCUCCAGCUCCAGCGUGCUCUGCGCUUCCCCCGAGCCCAUGCAGGGCCGGGACCUGAAGCUGCUCCAGGCCCAGGACUUCAGGAACUGUACGGGGGCUGAGUCUCUGCACCAGCUCAAAUCCCACACCCUCAGCACCACGGACCGCGCGGCCCGCAAGGAGCACCACCCCGCCCACGGCGGCCCCAAGGAGAAGGGCCCCCAGCACGGCCUCCACGGCCACCAGCCCGGCUCGCGCCCGGGCUCCCGGAAGCCCGGAAAGAACUGUACCAGCUACAGAAAUCGGAACCAGAUCUCCAAGCCCGGGCCCGGGGGGGCCCGCAAAAACGGCCACGAGCUCCAGGACUACGUGCCCGACUACCACCACAAGUUCGGCUUCGACAUGAUGCCCACGGCCCGCCCCAAAAAGAAGGGCAAGUGCGCCCGGAGGACCCCCAUCCUCUCGCCCAGCGGGGUGCAGCAGGCGUCCCGGGGCGGCGCUCUCAGGGCCUCCCUCCUGGCCUGGAUCCUGGUGCUGGCGGUCACCCUGCGCUGAGAGCCGGGGAGGGCAGCUGGCGCGGGGCACUGCCACCUAUCUACAAAGGAACAGCAUUUCUUUUUUCUUUUUUUCUACACGGAGGAUUUGCCGGUUCCGGGGAAAGCAUGGCGGAGGCUUUGGUCGGUCUCCGUCCACAGCCCAGUGGAUUAUCCAGCCCAAACUGUACAGCACCCACGGUGGAAGGGGAUUAGAGGCAUUAGCAACCCAGCUGUCACAAAUGGCCCUGUCCGAGCACCCACUGAAACUGCCAACCCAAGGGAAGAGAUUAAAACAAACAUUAAAAAAAAAAAAGACACAAGCUAAUCCUUCAUUAGCGACAACUGGACAAACACACAGACAGGAGCUGUGUUCUCUACAAAACCCUGUAAUUUUAAAGGGGUCUGAAAGACCCCCACCCUUCUGGGACGGAGCAAGACAUCGCCCCGAGAGAAAUGAGCGGGACCCCGAAGUCCUGAGCGGGUCCGCACCUCCUGUGGGCCAUCCUUGGACCCCCUUUGGCCCCGAGGGGUUCAGGCCUCGCACUUUUCCUGUGUCUCAGGCAACCCUGGCCUAUUAGCUGGAACGCUGGGCUCCCGAGGAGCCGACUACCAAAGGAAAGAUUGUGGGAGGCCGGGAUUCAGAACUUCCCCGGGAGCACUGAGGCUCUUGCAGAAGGUGGGGCUUCCUAACUGUUCACUUAUAUAUAUACUCUCUCUCUUUCUAUAUAUAUAAAUGCACAGGCCCUCCCCCUUCAGUUAUCGAACUGUACAUCUUAUAUCAUGUUUAUAAACUAUAUGGAAAUGAUACCUGCUGAAACUAA